AUGGCCAACCCGAUUCCGCCACUGAUCACACUCGAAGAGCACUUCGUCUCGCAGGAGAACUUCAGUGCUCUUUCUGAGCUAUAUGCCGAACAACUCAAGCACCUCCCCGAUGUUGCUGAAAAACUCCUAGAUGUCAGCCAGCUUCGACUGACAAGUAUGGACAAUAAUGGUAUUUCCACCCAGGUCAUAUCGCAUGCGCCAGGUCUAGGGCCCAAGCCAGCGAGACACAGCUCCUCGGCCAAUGACGAGCUUGCUCGGGCAGUAAAAGCCCAUCCGGACCGGUUCGCCGCAUUUGCCGUGCUUCCAAUGGCGGAGCCCCAGGCGGCCGCUGCAGAGCUUCGGAGAUGCGUCGGGAUGGGUUUUGUUGGCGCUCUUGUGGAUGCCCACGUCAACGGCGUUCACUAUGACGAUAGAAGGUUUUGGCCGGUGUUCAAAGCCGCCGCCGACCUUGAUGUGCCGAUUUACCUUCAUCCGACCUAUCCAACACCGACACAGUCGUCUGCCUAUGAUGGUCAAUACGAGCAAGGUGCGGCGCGAAGCCUUGGCAGCAGUGGUUUCGGCUGGCAUCAGGAGACAGGGUUAGCAGUGCUCAAAUUGUUCGCUGCCGGGCUUUUUGACGAGCUCCCGUCCCUCAAAAUCAUCAUCGGUCAUUUCGGAGAGAUGCUGCCGUUUAUGAUUGAGCGGAUAGCGAAGCUCUCCGUUCGAUGGGGGAACCGGUCGCGACCCUGGCGACAGGUAUGGAGGGAGAACAUCUGGAUUACUACCAGCGGGGUGUGGGAUCUAGCUCCUAUGGCUUGCAUUCUUAGAAACACAUCGUUGAGUCACAUUCUCUAUAGUGUUGACUACCCAUUCGAGAAGAACGAGACCGGCUCGUCCUGGAUGAGGGAACUGCAGGAAAGUGGGCUCGUUACCCCGGAUCAGCUCGAGAUGAUCGCGCACCGAAAUGCCGAGCAGCUCUUAAAGCUCAGAAUUCCUCCACGUGAAUCUAUGGCUGGCGGAAAGCUUGGUAGACGUGUUCUUGAUGCUCUUGUCGAUGCAGGCUUCGACGUGACGGUUUUGGUACGCCGCGAGAGCAUUCCUUCUGACUACCCACCUGGUGUUCGCGUCUGCAACAUAGACUACGACUCAGUUGACUCCCUACGAGGGGCUCUUCGCGGCAUCAAUGCCGUCAUCUCCACGGUCGGCAAACGGAACGGGCUCGAGAGCCAAUAUCGGCUCAUCGAUGCAGCGGUCAUGGAGGGUGUGAAUCGGUUCAUUCCAUCCGAGUUCGGCGCCGAUCUUCAGCACAAAGAGGUUCGCACAUUUCCGACGUACCAAACCAAGAUCGAAAUCGAAGGAUAUCUCGAGAAGAGGGCCCGGGAAACCAAUCUCACCUACACUUUCAUAUCCUGCAGCGCGCUAUUCGACGAGGGCCUGGAUUUGGGUGCAUUUGCAGACUUUCAGGCCAGAAAGGUCAACUUCUUUGAUGGGGGUGCAACAACAUUUAACGCAACGAGAAGCGUUACGGUCGCCCGCGCUGUUGUGGCUGUUUUAAACAAUCUCGACGCCACCAAAAACAAAGCCGUCCGCAUUCGAGAUGUCUCCAUGACGCCAAAGGAACUGUUGAAUGUCAUCCAAGGACUCGACAGAAAUGCUGACUGGGGUUCUGUCGCCAUUGACACUGGGAAGCUCGUCCAAGAAGCGCACGUUGAGCUAGCUUCGGGGAAAUUCAGUCCGAAGGCUUUCGCCGCUUUUGCAAUGAGAGCCACCUUUGCGCCAGGAUUGGCUGGCCAGUACGGCGAUGACAACGAUCUUCUCGGAAUCAAGGACAUUGCGAAGGAGGACCUCGAGAACGCUUUGAAGUCUAGACUCGUAGUUUAA